CCAGCCCCCGAGCCACCCGGGGCGCCCUCCCGCGCCCUCUCGCACCCUCGCACACACAAAAGGCGGCGCGCCGGAGCCCGAGACCCGGGAGCCGCCGCCGCCCGCAGCCAGGGGAGCAGGAAGUCCGGACGCGGCCCCCAUAGAUAUGGCAAUGGUAGUCAGCACGUGGCGCGACCCCCAGGACGAGGUGCCCGGCUCGCAGGGCAGCCAGGCCUCGCAGGCGCCGCCUGUGCCCGGCCCGCCGCCCGGCGCCCCGCACACGCCACAGACGCCGGGCCAAGGGGGCCCGGCCAGCACGCCGGCCCAGACGGCGGCCGGCGGCCAGGGCGGCCCUGGCGGCCCCGGCGGCGACAAGCAGCAGCAGCAGCAGCACAUCGAGUGCGUGGUGUGCGGGGACAAGUCGAGCGGCAAGCACUACGGCCAGUUCACGUGCGAGGGCUGCAAGAGCUUCUUCAAGCGCAGCGUGCGGAGGAACCUGAGCUACACGUGCCGCGCCAACCGGAACUGUCCCAUCGACCAGCACCACCGCAACCAGUGCCAGUACUGCCGCCUCAAAAAGUGCCUCAAAGUGGGCAUGAGACGGGAAGCGGUGCAGAGGGGCAGGAUGCCGCCCACCCAGCCAACCCACGGGCAGUUUGCGCUGACCAACGGGGACCCUCUCAACUGCCACUCGUACCUGUCCGGAUAUAUUUCUCUGCUGCUGCGCGCCGAGCCCUACCCCACGUCGCGCUUCGGCAGCCAGUGCAUGCAGCCCAACAACAUCAUGGGCAUCGAGAACAUUUGCGAACUGGCCGCGCGGAUGCUCUUCAGCGCCGUCGAGUGGGCCCGGAACAUCCCCUUCUUCCCUGACCUGCAGAUCACCGACCAGGUGGCCCUGCUUCGCCUCACCUGGAGCGAGCUGUUCGUGCUGAACGCGGCACAGUGCUCCAUGCCUCUCCACGUCGCCCCGCUCCUGGCCGCCGCUGGCCUACACGCCUCACCCAUGUCCGCCGACCGAGUGGUCGCCUUUAUGGACCACAUACGGAUCUUCCAAGAGCAAGUGGAGAAGCUCAAAGCGCUGCACGUCGACUCCGCCGAGUACAGCUGUCUCAAGGCCAUAGUCCUGUUCACCUCAGAUGCCUGUGGUCUCUCUGAUGUAGCCCAUGUGGAAAGCUUGCAGGAAAAGUCCCAGUGUGCUUUGGAAGAGUACGUUAGGAGCCAGUACCCCAACCAACCAACGCGAUUCGGAAAGCUUUUGCUUCGCCUCCCUUCCCUCCGCACGGUCUCCUCCUCAGUCAUAGAGCAAUUGUUUUUCGUCCGUUUGGUAGGUAAAACCCCCAUCGAAACCCUCAUCCGGGAUAUGUUACUGUCCGGCAGCAGUUUUAACUGGCCGUAUAUGGCAAUUCAAUAAAUAAGAAAUCACAAUAAGAAGGGGGAGUGAAACAGAGAGAAAGAAAAGGCAAAAGACUGGUUUGUUUGCUUAAAUUCCUUCUGUUAAGAAAGGAUAUAAAAGGAUGUUACAAGUUUGCUAAACGAAGAGAGGGGAAGAAUUUAAUGGACUGUGAAUUUCAAAAAAAAAAAAAAAGACUGUCAAAUGAACUUUUACAGAAUGCAUUAAAAAAAAAAAACUCCUGUGUCGGUCAGAACAACUUGCUACUUAUCAUUUUUGUAUAAAAAGGAAAUUAGUCUUUUUCUUUUUUUGGUAAAUUUUUGAAAAAUAUUGCUAAAAGUGCAUUUAAGGAGAUUGGGAGAAAAUUAGCAGAAUGGAGAAAGUAAGUCUUUUUUUUUUUUUUCCAAAUUAUUAAUUGUCCUGUGUCUAUGUACCUCUAGCUGUUCUUUUUUGUACUUUUCUGGUUCCAAACCAGUUUAUUCUGUGGUUCUAUAAUAAGUUUUGAUAUAAUCUUGGCUUCUUAAAAACUGUGUAUCCUUAAAAUAUAUGUUCUGCAAGAAUUAAAACUGAGUCCAUGAAAAUACCAUAGGAAGACAUAAAACUUUAAAAGGCAACUCAAAGGUGAUGGAAACGCACUUACAAGUGGUGACCAAAAAUUUUAGGUGAAGUUGAGCACUCUUUAAUUUGAGAACUGGAGGAACCACACACAACACUUAACUUCCCCUACCCUGCCCCCCCCCCAAAAAAAAGACACCAUGACAAACCUAGCUUUUUAAAAAUAUUUUAAGAAAGAGAAUGAACUGUGGAAUUUAUUGGCAGCCAAGGAAUGUGUCCAAGACACGUGCUGAGGUUUUGAAUAAAAAGUGAACUUUUGUAAUUUGAAUUGGGUCCCGCUUAGUUCUUGAAUUGUUAUGAAAAUCCUAUAUCUGUUUGUAUAUUUGCAAACCCUUUGUAUUAUAAUUGUUGAUAUUUUCCCUUUUUAAAAAAUACCAUUGAAAUCAGCAUGACAAAAUAACACUGUUGGCACUUAUAGGUAACGUGAUUGAUUCAGUAUCUUAGAGUUUACAGUUUGUGUUUUAAAAAAAAACUGAAGGUUUUUUUUUUUUUUUAAGUGCAACAUUUCUGUAUACUGUAAAAGUUAUAAUAACUGAACUGUUUGGUCGAGUCUUUGUGUGUUAUAUUCCAAGGAAAAUUGAAAGUAUUCAGAAAUUAAAAUAUUAUUUGAUAUCUGAAAUCUG